CCCGGGGAUGGAUAGAUGAUGGUUACGAGUAGGCUUGUUGGGAGCUAGUACCAGAUUGUGGUUGGGUUCUUCUAACCGCAUCUAGUUGCCACCCCACCCCUGAGCUGCAGCUACUCGGCUGCUGCUCUCCCCGGAGCAAAUUUGAGGCAUUGGGUCAGCUGCUGCCCCCCGCCCCUUAUUUCGAAAAGGGAAAUCGUCAAGGGCUCCGUGAAUCUCCCCACAUCUGCUCUGUGUGGGCUAAAAGGAGAUGGGAGUGCCCCUGAUAUUAAAGGGAGUCACCCGUGGAGGGAGAAGGGGCGAGGGCUUUGCGCGCUUCUCGACCCCCACCCUCUUCCCUUUAUGCCGCGGUUUCGGCUCGUUAUCCACCAAAGCAGUUCGAUCCGCGCAUAGGAAAGCCGUGGCGCGGGGACAGGGGAAGGAAGGAGGCUCCAAUCUACGCCUGUCUCCUUCUAAUAGUGGAAUCAUUAUAUGCACACACAUACACACACGGAGUAUGUAUGUCCCCCUCCAGGAAAUAACAUUAAAUGUUGGGCUGUUGCCAUUAAAGGAGAGACAUGGCAGGAUAUCGCUUCCUGCCACUUGUUGGGUGCCGGGGCGGGAAGGAGCUCGGUAUCGUUUAUGUGUCCCCCCCCCCCCCAUCGGAACAGGAGAUUGUCUUGCCCCGCCACAGUUCGGAAUGCAGCAGCUGGUUUCCUGCCUGGGCCUGUGGCUGUUCCUUCAGCUUCCCUGCCUGGGCUCUGGGAUGCGUGUGGUCUACAAGGUGCAGGAAGAGCAGCCACCCAACACGCUCAUUGGAAGUCUGGCAGCGGACUAUGGCUUCCCAGAUGCGGGGCAUCUGUAUAAGCUGGAGGUGGGUGCCCCCUACCUGCGUGUGGAUGGCAAAACUGGCGACAUCUACACCACAGAGACCUCAAUUGACCGGGAGAGCCUGCGGGAGUGCCAGCACCUGUUUCCAGAGGACCCUUGUUUUCUGGAGUUUGAGGUCUCUAUCACAGAUCUGCUAAGCAAUAGUCCACGCCUGCUGGAGGGGCAGAUUGAGGUGCUGGACAUCAAUGACAACACACCCAACUUUGCCUCACCUGUCAUCACAUUAGCCAUCCCUGAAAACACCAAUAUUGGUACACUGUUCCCCAUUCCUUUGGCUAUGGACCGUGAUACUGGUACCAACGGUGUGGCAUCCUAUGAACUCAUGCCUGGUUCAGAUGCUCAGAAGCUUUUUGGCCUGCAAGUAGCGGAAGACCAAGAUGAGAAACAGCCACAGCUGAUUGUCAUGGGAAACUUAGACAGAGAGCAGUCAGAGUCUUAUGACCUCACCAUCAGAGUACAGGAUGGGGGCAGCCCACCACGUGCUAGCAGUGCCCUGCUGCGCAUCACCAUCCUGGACAUGAAUGACAAUGCACCCAAGUUUGAGAAGCCCUUGUAUGAGGCCGAACUCUCCGAGAAUAGCCCCAUGGGUCACUCCGUGCUGCAGGUAAAGGCCAAUGAUUCUGACCAGGGUGCCAAUGCUGAGAUUGACUAUUCCUUCCAUCAGGCCUCAGAUGUAGUUCGCAGGCUGCUGCGUCUAGACAGAGCCACUGGACUCAUCACUGUGCAGGGUCCUGUUGACCGUGAGGACAUCAACGUGCUCAAGUUCUCAGUGCUGGCCAAGGACAAGGGGGCCAACCCCAAAACUGCCCGUGCCCAGGUGGUGAUCAGUGUCAGGGACAUGAAUGACAAUGCCCCUUCCAUUGAAAUUCGUGGAAUUGGCUUGGUCACGCACCAGGAUGGCAUGGCCAAUAUCUCAGAAGAUGUUCCAGUGGAGACACCUGUGGCUCUGGUACAGGUGUCUGAUCGAGAUGAGGGUGAGAAUGCUGUUGUGACCUGUGUAGUGGCUGGUGACGUACCCUUCCAGUUACGACAAGCUAGUGACACUGGCACUGAUAGCAAAAAGAAGUAUUUCCUGCAGACUACAACACCAUUAGACUAUGAGGCAGUGAAGGAGUACACUAUUGAGAUUGUGGCUGUAGAUUCUGGCAACCCACCCCUGUCCAGCACCAACUCCCUCAAGGUGCAGGUGGUGGAUAUCAAUGACAAUGAUCCAGUCUUCAGCCAGAGCUCGACAGAGGUAGCCUUUCCUGAAAACAAUUCCCCAGAUGACUUGGUGGUGGAAGUGAGUGCUACUGAUGCGGACAGUGGAUCCAAUGCUAAGCUGGUCUACUCUCUAGUGACAGAACCUUCGUCCAAAGGCAUCUUCUCCAUUGAUCCAGAGUCUGGCGAAAUACGGGUGAAGACUGUGUUGGACAGGGAGCAGCGAGAACGCUAUGAAUUCUUAGUGGUUGCAGCUGACAAGGGUAGCCCUAGCCGCAAGGGUACUGCCUCGGUUGCCAUCAAUGUCAUGGACCGCAAUGACAAUGACCCAAAGUUCAUGCUAAGUGGCUACAACUUCUCAGUCAUGGAAAACAUGCCACCCUUGAGCCCAGUGGGUAUGGUGACAGUCAUUGAUGCAGACAAAGGAGAAAACGCCCUCAUUCAGCUCUCAGUGGAGCAGGACUAUGGUGACUUUGUCAUCCAGAAUGGAACUGGCACCAUCCUCUCCAGCAUCUCCUUUGAUCGUGAACGGCAGAGCACAUACACCUUCCGGCUCAAAGCUGUGGAUGGGGGUGACCCACCCAGAUCGGCUUAUGUGGGUGUGACAAUUAAUGUGUUGGAUGAGAAUGACAAUGCACCCGUUAUCAUCUCUCCAUCCAAUGCCUCCUACAAACAUAUUCUACCCCACACUAAUCCUGGACAGCAGGUCAUGAGUGUUGGAGCUGAAGACAUUGACUCUGGGAUCAAUGCUGAGCUGCAGUACAGCAUCACUGGUGGAAACCCCUUUGAGCUCUUCAAGAUUUCGCCUCAGAGUGGAAAUAUCACACUAGAAAAGGAGAUCCUCCGCAAGCACCAUGGGCUUCAUCGUCUGGUGGUGCGUGUAAAUGACAAGGGCAAGCCCUCUCGCCAUGGCACAGCUUUGAUCCAUUUCUAUGUCAAUGAGACACUGGCCAACCGCACGCUACUGGAGACCCUGGUGGGGCACAGCCUCGACACACCCAUUCACAUUGACAUUGCUGGUGACCCGGAGUAUGAGCUCAGCAAACAGCGUAGCAAUAUCCUCUUUGGUGUCAUUGCAGGCAUAGUUGCUGUCACCCUGGUUAUUGUGCUUGUGGUGCUGGUGCGUUAUUGCCGUCAGAAGGAAGCCAAGAGUGGCUAUCAGGCUGGCAAGAAGGAGACAAAGGACCUGUAUGCUCCCAAGCAAGGCAGCAAAGGCAACAAAGCCAAGAGCAAGGUGAAAAAGAGCAAAUCCCCUAAACCACCUAAGCCAGCUGAAGAUGAGGAAGAGACAGGCCUGCAGAAAUCCCUCAAGUUCAACCUUAUGAAUGAUUCAGUGAGCGACAGCCCCCGCAUCCACCUGCCCCUUAACUAUCCACCUGGCAGCCCUGACCUGGGACGCCAUUACCGUUCCAACUCUCCUCUGCCUUCCAUCCAGCUCCAGCCACAGUCACCAUCUGCCUCCAAGAAGCACCAAGUAGUGCAGGACCUGCCAGCCACCAAUACCUUUGUGGGCACUGGGGACAGCAAUUCCACAGGCUCGGAGCAGUAUUCAGACUACAGCUACCGCACAAACCCUCAGAAAUACACCAAUAAGCAGUUACCUCAUCGCCGAGUGACAUUCUCUGCAGCUAAUCAGGCUCAAGACCUGCAGGAUCCCUCCCAACAUAGUUACUAUGACAGUGGCCUUGAGGAGUCAGAAACACCAAGCAGCAAAUCUUCAUCAGGACCUCGCAUUGGACCCCUUGCUUUGCCUGAGGAUCACUAUGAGCGCACCACGCCUGAUGGCAGCAUCGGGGAGAUGGAGCACCCUGAGAAUGAUCUCCGGCCUCUGCCUGACGUAGCCAUGACAGGGACCUGCACCCGGGAAUGCACAGAGUUUGGUCACUCUGAUACCUGCUGGAUGCCAGGCCAGUCCUCUCCAAGCCGGAGGCCCAAGAAUGCCCUCAAGCUCUCCACAUUUGUGCCUUAUCAAGAUAGAGGGAGUCAAGAGCAAGUUGGGAAUGGCAGCCCCAGACUCUCAGAAGAGCGCAGCACCAAAAUGGCUAACCUUCGCCUGCUCCCCACAUACAGUGCCUUCUCCAACAGUAGCCAUGAGCCCUGCAAGGACUCCCCCAUGGAGGAAAUCCCUCUCACCCAGACCUCGGACUUCCAGGCAGCCACCACACCAUCAUCCCAAAAUGCCAAGCGGGAGAUCUACCUGUAAGACUGGGAGAGCCAAGGAAGGUGCCUGAAAAAUAAGCAGCUGAGACCAGUGUCUGGAACGAGGAGGAGAAGAGGAAGAGGAAGAAGGGACUUUGCAAACUGUGAUGCUUUAUCACUCAUGUUGGUGGUUCUGAGCUGGCCUGGUGAGAACACCUUGCCCAGGCCCUGGGCACAGGAACACUUUUGUAAACUCAUUGCUCCCAGGGCAAGAGGACUCGCACUAUCCUGAAUUACCAAGCUUUCAGUAGAAUGGUCCCUGGAUGGCUGGAACUGGGGAGAAAGAGAUCUAGCAAAGAGGGCUUGGCCUCAUGGCUUCAGGGGUGGGGGUGGGGGGAAGGGCUUAGUUACCAAAGGUCCACACAGGCUUGGUGGAGUCCAUUGGGCACAGAGCUGAGGGCACCUGGCACAGGUACAGGGGAAAAGCUGCCUCUUGUUACUGUAGACUCCUGUAAAUAUGAAUCUUAGGAAUGACAUUUGCGUCCUGCCUGAUCAAAACUUUUAUCGUCUUUGAAAUGAAAAGACAUUGAAACAAAACCACAGGGAGCAAUUUCCAGCUUGAAGCAUUCACCACACAGAAGAGCACACGGGAGCAAGCGCUUCCAACCAGCCCACCCUUGCCUUCCACAGUGUAAAUAGAGAGAGGGCACCGACUGGUGGGGGGACAGCUUUGGCCUGUCAGCAGGACUGGGAAGAAGGGCAUUACAGAGCUUAAUCCUAAUCUCUUUCUGGACUUCAGCAACUUUUCUCAUCAGGUGUGGGGGAACCCUAGGGCUGGUAGCAAUGGCUUUCAGCUAGUCCUGUGUUUCCUCUGCCUCAUAGACAGUGGAGCUGGGCCAGUAAGAAAGAUGGAAGAGAAUGCAGUUCUUCAGGAGGAACAACCCACUAACUCCCCAGUAUCUCUUCUGCCUCGCCCGGGGCAGGGAAUGGGGUCAUCGGGCCCCAGUGCCAUGAUUCUGGCCUUUGAUUUGUCUGCCUGUAAGCCACCAUUGCCUUUGUGAAAUGGAGCUUUGACUCAGGGUUGCACUGGGGGCCACAGGGCCUCUGUAUGCUGGAGUCAUUCCCCGCCCCCCUUCCCCUGCCUUCAGACCACAGGGCCAGCCUAAAGGCUGUAAUACGCUCUUCCAAUGCUAGAGGUUUAGCCACAUAGUACCAGAAUGUAGGAGCCUGCUUGGGAGGAUGCAGUACUAGCAGGGGCCCACAACAAAGAAUGGAUCUGCCCUUGGUGUGAUUAAUCCUAACACUGGGCCUGGGGUCAGCAACUGAAUGGGCAAGGGAGUACUCUUCCUUCUCUGGUCACUUGUGGGCUGGUCUAGUGGCUUGCUUACUCCAAGCUGUCCAGAUUCAGUCAGGCCUGGCUCCAUGUAGCCUGGUGCUCAUGGUGAUCCCUUCCCAUCAAUCUGCCCUCCCUGCUAGCUGGUGCCUGUGGAACCUCAUUCUAAUCCACAUGGCAAUGGAGAUACAAGUUUCUGUCCCACACAGUGUCUAUUGAUACACUCUCUAGCCUGAAGCCACUACCAUCAACAAACCUGACAAACUUCCCAGGUAGAGCUCAGCCCAGUUCUCUUGGUGACCUUGACUUGGUUCUUCUGUUGCCCAUAGGCCCCGCUCUCCUUGCUACAUGUUGCCAUGGGUCACUGAUGUGUUCUUGGCUGUGUUGCGCAAGGUCGUCUGGCCAUCACCAUUCCUUGUUGUGUCUUUGUUCUGUUUUCUCUAGUGCAUGGACCUGGGGGUGGGGGUGAAGCUAGUGGUAUAUGCAAGGACACCUUUCCUUAUCUCUUCUUCUGUAUGUAUGUACCAGACAGGAAACUGGGACAGGGAGAUAGUGCAAUCUAUACCUGAGCAACAAGUUCCUCAGACUGAGGAGCAAGGCCAGUGUUCACAGCUCUAGGAUCAGGUAGUACCCUAUUAGUUUUUUGUGCCAUUUCAUUCCUCUGGAUGGGCAGCUGCUAUAUCAUGUGCAGUGGUGGCACAGAAGUGCAAGAGAGAGCAGACCAGCAGCUCCCUUCUUUGGCAAGCUGCCAUAGUGGCACAGGGACCAAGGUCAUAGUCCAGUCAUAAUUCGCAUCUGCAAAAAGAAUAAAAAGAUGCACAGUGUGCACAGUCUCAUGCGUAUGUAUGAGAGCAAAGAAUCUUUCUUCUCUGUUCCUGACACUCACUGAGGCUCUGGGCUAGUUCAGCAGCACUCCCCAGAGUAGGAGGGAGGGUUUUGGACUUUCUGUCCACUCUGGCACCAAGGAGCUGAGCUGCUCGGUAGUGACCUGUGCCCAAAAGGAGUUUUGAAAUGCCUACUUUUCUCCAUAUUCAUUCAACUGGUGGCAGACACUGAGACUGAGAAGCUUAAUCGGCCAUGGCCAAGGCAGAAAAUCAGCCACCCAUCCCUAGCCAUACACUGUUCUAUCUAAACUUUAAGGUGCCACUGUAAGGCGGAGAGGGGGCAGGACCCUCCUCCCAGACUCUUCUCUAUUAUUCCUUUCCUGCUGUGGAAGGCAUAGGUGAGAGCCAGGCUAUGGUUCCCAGGCCAAGUUACCACCUUUAGUUUUUAAUAAAAUGGCCCUUGGAAUACGAUAUUAAAAUAUGUCUACACAUAAGUUGGCCCUGCUUCAGGCAGGAAAGCUGAGCUUUUUCAGUCCUAUUUCUUGCUGAUGGAUGCUGUAAGGCUCAGUUCAUCCCAGAGCUGCUUAUGUCCUUGGCCACACUUGCCACAAGUCUGUGGCAAAGCAUGUGUUAAUUCAAGCAGAUUAGGGCUGUAUAUUCCCCAGCUAGCUUGGCCAAGGCCAAUGACCUGAGGAUGGAUGACAAGUUGGUUUAAGCCAUUGUGCGUUCUGUUGGAUAUCCAAUAUAUCUGUGGGGUGGGAUAAUUCAGCAUCUUUUCCCUUGGUUUAGCUAUCCCUGGGGAAUGGAAAGGUGGCUGGCUAUCACUGGGGUAUGGAUGGUUGCUGAGGGAGUAAGGGAGGAAAGAGAAAGGAGUCUCUCAGAGGAAAACCAAGAGAAAAGAUGCUACAUGACAUUGCUGCUGCCUGUGUGUGGGCAAAGGGGAGAGUGCCAUUUUGAUUGGUUCUUGGUGAGGAAAAUUAAAGUUGCUAUGAAAUGGAGACAUGCCACAGGGGCUGUGGGAAAAUCUCCAAGGGCCAAGGUUGCACCAGGGGAAGCUAAUUUUGCACAAUUCAAAGCCAGAAGAAGAGAUCCUAUGUGCACAGGGGUGGGGGUGGGAGAUAGGGAAGAAGAAGGGUGCUCCAAGGGUCCUGGCCUAGACAAGCACAUUGAAGGGCACUGGGGUGACAGUUUUGAGCACUGCACUAGGACAAGCCAGGGGUAAAACCAAAGGUGGGAGGCCAGGCACAGGCCAGCUGCGUAGGACAGAGCUAAGUGACCCCUUUGUAGCUCUUCGUGUUGGUUCUAUUUAUACAAGAUUUCAGUUCCUUGCUUGUGAUGCCUUGUUUUUUGUACAGUUUUAUGUACAUGCAGGUGUAGCUUUUUCUAAAUGGAGAAAUCCUAUGGCAGAAUAAAGAGUACCCAACUAUUUUUCAGAUGGUGACCUGUGUCUAGGCACUGCCUCUCUCUCUUGCUAAGGUUGUAUUGCUCUCAAUGUGAUGCAUUUCCCUUGCACUGGGAAGGCUUUGGGCCCGGGGCUUAGUUCUCCCCAGGCGCAGUGAGCACAAUUGAUUCCCUUGUAAUCCUUUCUGUUUGGAGCCGUGAGCAUGACACCUCGUGAGCCCUUUUCUGUUCCCUUCCAUUCUGUUUGUUUGCUGAGCUGUCGGAUGAUGAACUCCACUGUAAUUAGCCCUCCCAAAGCUUUACAAUAAAAGUGUGAAAAUCUUC